GUUUUACUCAUGGAGGGAGACGUUAUGGACAAGCUGGACGACAUGGCCUCGGUGUACGAGUUCGACCCGUUUACAGGCAACAUUCCCGCGACCAAAGUGGAGAUCACCGUCUCGUGCAGAAAUCUUCUAGACAAAGACACAUUCUCCAAAUCAGACCCAAUGUGUGUCCUGUAUACACAAGGAGUCGAGACGAAGCAGUGGAGAGAGUUUGGCAGAACUGAAGUGAUUGACAACACGCUAAAUCCGGACUUUGUCAGAAAGUUCAUUCUUGACUACUUCUUCGAAGAGAAACAGAGCCUUCGAUUUGACUUAUAUGAUGUUGACUCAAAAAGUCCAGACCUCUCAAAGCAUGAUUUUCUUGGGCAGAUGUUUUGCACCCUGGGAGAGAUUGUCGGCUCACCAGCAAGUCGAUUGGAGAAAACUCUUGGGGGGAUCCCUGGGAAGAAGUGUGGAACCAUCAUCCUGUCGGCAGAGGAGCUUGGAAACUGCAGGGAUAAUGCAACCAUGCAGUUUUGUGCCAAUAAGCUGGACAAGAAGGACUUCUUUGGGAAGUCGGAUCCCUUUAUGGUGUUCUACAGAAGUAAUGAAGAUGGAACGUUCACCAUCUGCCAUAAGACGGAGGUGGUGAAGAACACUCUGAAUCCAGUUUGGCAGUCUUUUACCAUCCCAGUGAGAGCACUCUGCAAUGGGGAUUAUGACCGAGCGAUUAAGGUCGAGGUGUAUGACUGGGAUCGAGAUGGAAGUCACGAUUUUAUUGGCGAAUUCACCACCAGCUACCGAGAGCUAGCCCGAGGUCAGAGCCAGUUCAAUGUGUAUGAGGUGGUGAAUCCAAAGAAGAAGAUGAAAAAGAAGAAAUAUGUCAAUUCUGGCACGGUGACGCUGCUGUCUUUUUCUGUGGAGUCUGAAUUCACUUUCCUCGAUUACAUCAAAGGAGGGACCCAAAUCAAUUUCACAGUGGCCAUCGAUUUCACUGCGUCUAAUGGUAACCCGUCCCAGUCCACAUCCCUCCACUAUAUGAACCCAUACCAGAUGAAUGCCUACGCCAUGGCACUGAAGGCCGUAGGAGAGAUCAUUCAGGACUACGACAGUGAUAAGAUGUUCCCUGCGCUGGGCUUUGGGGCAAAAUUACCCCCGGAUGGACGUGUGUCCCACGAGUUUCCUCUGAAUGGUAAUAUUGAAAACCCAUAUUGUAAUGGGAUUGAGGGGAUCUUGGAGGCCUACCACCAGAGCUUAAAGACUGUCCAGCUUUAUGGGCCCACAAACUUUGCCCCUGUGGUUAACCACGUAGCCAGGUAUGCGGCGGCUGUCCAGGAUGGAUCACAGUACUUUAUCCUCCUCAUUAUCACAGAUGGAGUCAUAUCAGAUAUGGCCCAAACCAAAGAGGCCAUUGUGAACGGUGCCAAGCUUCCCAUGUCAAUCAUCAUUGUUGGGGUGGGCCAAGCAGAGUUCGAUGCCAUGGUGGAGUUGGAUGGUGAUGACAUAAGGAUUUCCUCACGAGGGAAACUAGCAGAACGGGACAUUGUUCAGUUUGUGCCGUUCCGGGACUACAUGGACCGGACGGGUAAUCAUGUGUUAAGUAUGGCACGGCUGGCCAAAGAUGUCCUGGCAGAAAUUCCCGACCAGUUUAUUUCAUACAUGAAGAGCAGAGGCAUCAAACCCAACCCAGCACCCCCUCCAUACACCCCCCCAGGACACACACACCACACUCAGAUAUGA